AUGUGCAACAAGAUCAACAACACUGACGUCUCCACAGAUGGUACCUACACCUCCCCACCACGCACAUCGCCAGCGCCAUACUUACCAAACGCGAACGCUAUCGAUAAACCACCAGCGGUCAUACCGGCGCCUCAAUUCGAGCCAGUGGAAGUCUUACCCGCAGCGAGUAUCCCACCGGCACCUACUCAUGCUCCGGUCGUCAUCGGUAUCGUAGCCGACGAAGUGACAUUCCUGCAAGGUUACUGCUCAGAGCCAGCAUAUACCAUAAUUGAUGGGCCAACAGCGGUUUGGAUGCCGGUCGUGGGAUGUAUGUCCACGAAAGGCGACUGUUGCCCAACGCCUCCAGUUGGCAAUGCUGUUGGAAGUGAGGAAGGGCACACACAAGACAUGAAGAAAGGAGGACAGUUUCUGGCCUCGCAACUGCCGAGUCAAGGCACACUGACAGGGUGUCCAAGAGAUUAUCACACGGUUGAUGGAACGGCGUGCUGUCCUUCGAACUACUGGCUCUGGAGCACCAACCUCGGCGGCCAAGUACCCUGCUACUCUUCCCUAGCAGCGGCCAUGACACCCCCGCCCAUACCAGAUACGAUGGUAAAUCAACUCGACGCCACUGACAGUCCUCGUGAAACUCUCACCAGGGACAGGGUGAUAACGACGACAGCUAGCGAUGGACGCGUAUUCACGACCACCAUUGCUUCGAGCCGCGUCCCCGCGCUAACGAUGUCGCAAAAGCCAACGUCCGCCAUCGUCAACAUCGUGUAUACCAUGCAAUACCCCAUGGUACCACCCAAAUCAAAGAUGAACACAGGUGCAAAGAUAGGUAUUGGCGUUGGUGCGUCUGGAGCUGCUAUUCUAAUCGGAUUUGUGCUAUGGUUCUUCAUUCGGACGACAUCGCAUCGCGGGAGUAAGAAAAAAUUGCAGAGCCCGGAGCAGGUCAGUGUGUCACGCCGGUUUGGCAGUGGGGUUGAUAUGAGCCGGGUUGCGCAUCAGCCUGCGGGGGUGGAAAGGGUGUACAAUGGAAAGCAGUAUGCGGGCGCUUCAAGUUCUGCAACUGCAUAUUAG